GAGAGAUGGGUGCCCCAUCGGCAUACUGUCCUUUGGCCACCUGACAUCAUGCCUCCCAAGAAGGAUGUUCCUGUGAAGAAACCAGCAGGGCCCCCCAUCUCUAAGCCUGCUGCCAAGUCUGCAGCAGGGACCCCUCAAGCCAAGACCAAGGCUGAGCCAGCUGCCCCCCAGACUCCUGCAAAAACCCAGGAGCCUCCUGUUGAUCUCUCCAAAGUUGUGAUCGAGUUUAACAAGGACCAGCUGGAGGAAUUCAAGGAGGCCUUUGAGCUGUUUGACUGAACAGGUGAUGGCAAGAUCCUGUACAGCCAAUGUGGGGACCUGAUGAGGGCCCUGGGCCAGAACCCUACCAACGCCGAGGUGCUCAAGGUCCUGGGGAACCCCAAGAGCGAUGAGCUGAAGUCCCGACGCAUGGACUUUGAGACGUUCCUGCCUAUGCUCCAAGCAGUGGCCAAGAACCGGGACCAAGGCACAUAUGAGGACUACCUGGAGGGGCUCCGUGUGCUUGACAAAGAGGGCAAUGGCAAAGUCAUGGGAGCAGAGCUCAGACAUGUUCUUACCACCCUGGGAGAGAAGAUGACAGAGGAAGAGGUGGAGACUGUCCUAGCAGGCCACGAGGACAGCAACGGCUGUAUCAACUAUGAGGCCUUCCUGAAGCACAUCCUAAGCCUCUGAGCUCCCCAGAGUCCUCCCCGGCUAGUGUCGUCCUGAGGCUCCUAGACCAACCAGACAGAAGAGCAG